AUGGUUAACACUAGGAUGGAGUCAAGACUUGAUGCUUUAGAACGUAUGUUUACAGAAGUUGUGCAUGAUAAAGAUAAAUUGGAGAAUGGACACGUUGAGCAUUUGCAACGCCUCGAGAAUAUGAUCAGUGGCGUUAUGGUUGUGGUGGAGAAGAUGUCAAGUGCGUCGACGUCUGGGAAGAAUAAAAAUGAUCACAAUGUUGAAGGAACCAAUGCAGUUUCGACAAAAGUGGAAAAAGUGUUGGCAUCCUAUAUAGAGGUUUUCAAGAAUUAG